UCAGAUCUCUCUGGCUAUGCUGCUGAAGCGAUGCCAAAUAUAAAUAGUAAUAUGACUAAAUGAAUAAGAGAAAACCCAGAUUGUGAUAUUUAUCACAUUUGAGAGUUUCUUUCAUCUCUGCCCGUUUUCAUUUCCCUGCUCUAAUAAAUUUUUUACUACUAAACGAUCCUCAGCUAUAGGCACUUGGUUUGUGGGUUGAGAAGCAUGGUGAAGGAAACUGCGUAUUAUGAUAUAUUGGGUGUCAAAGUUGACGCCUCCCCAGCUGAGAUCAAGAAGGCUUACUAUGUCAAGCUUCAAAUCCUUCAUAGGACAAAGUUCGAAAGCAUUCUUCAAAUCAAGGACCAAAGUACUAAGAUGAUGGUGGCACCUAUACAGUUACCUUAUGCUUUUAUGUCUUCUUUACAGGCCAGGAUAGUUCACCCAGAUAAAAAUCCUGGAGAUCCAAAAGCUGCUGAAAAUUUCCAGGCACUUGGUGAAGCUUAUCAAGUUUUAAGUGAUCCUGAGAAGCGUGAAGCAUAUGACAAGCUUGGAAAGGCAGGAGUACAAGAGGACUCCAUGCUUGACCCUUCAGCUGUAUUUGGGAUGCUUUUUGGGAGUGAAUUCUUUGAAGAUUAUAUUGGUCAACUUGCUUUAGCUUCUUUGGCAUCUGCUGAUAUUGAAGACAAUUCACAGGAUCCUGAAGUCCGGAAGUUAAGAGUUCGAGAGAAAAUGAAGGCAAUGCAAAAGGAAAGAGAAGAAAAGCUUAUAAGAAUUCUGAAAGAUCGCCUUCAACCAUUUGUUCUAAAUCAGAAAGAUGAGUUUAUAAACUGGGCAAAUUCAGAAGCACAGCGUCUCUCAUCAGCUGCUUUUGGUGAGGCUAUGUUGCAUACCAUUGGCUAUAUUUACACAAGGAAAGCUGCUAGAGAACUUGGAAAGGACAAACGGUUCAUGAAGGUACCAUUUCUAGCAGAAUGGGUACGGGAUAAAGGGCAUCAGAUAAAGUCGCAGGUCAUGGCUGCUUCAGGUGCUGUGUCUUUAAUUCAAAUUCAGGAAGAACUGAAGAAAUUAAAUCAAGGAGAAAACAAAGAAGAGGACUUAAUGAAGGCCAUCGAAGAUAAGAAGGAUGCGAUGCUUAAUUCUCUAUGGCAGAUCAAUGUGGUUGAUAUAGAGUCAACCUUAUCACAUGUCUGCCAAGCAGUUCUUAGAGACCCCAAUGAAUCCAAGGAAGUUUUGAAGCUUAGGGCUCAAGCAUUGAAAAAGCUUGGAACAAUCUUCCAAGGUGCCAAGGCAGCGUACAGUAGAGAAAACAGCUUGCGCCAUGAAAGUGACAUAAAAAGUGAUGCUGCAGCUUCAUCAACAUAGUCAUAUUCAUCGCACUACUACGAUACAUCGUCCACACAUCAUGUUUUUAUAUUGAGACUGGUAGGUUGUGUUAUAGCUUCCUUCAUCGCCAACUGUUGAACUUUGGACUUUGUGUUGAUUUGUAAGUUUAGCAUGCCUCUCUGACUUGAUUAAAGAUUUAGCUAUUUUAGAUUUGUGCAUAAAACCUUCUCAGUUUCUCUGGUAUAUUUCCUCUGUAUGCUGUGAAAAACUUGUAUCUUACCAUUAUUCUAUGGAAAUUGCAAAUUCGUGUUUAA